UGAACUAGGCGUGGUUUGAAUGUCAAUUGAAACAUAUCGUUGUAAAUAAACAUCCAAUUGAUAUUUAUGGCGGAUUUUUUAUCCAUAAAGAAGAUAUGUAUACAUAGAUUCAAAUCAUGGCGAUACUGGACGUACCGUUACUUUUUUGUGGCUACACAUUUUGCACAGUUGUUCUUUUAUUAUCUCAGACUACAGCAGAAAACAAUUCCACCAUUACAGCAGAAAGCAAUUCCACCACUACCAUAUCACCAACUACUGUGAACAACUCGAGUAAUUUGUUAACCACUGACAUUGAAGCAACAGAACUGUUUCCAUCAAAUUAUCCAUCUUCUUCUGUUUUAUCGAACAACUCAGAUGAAGUUGUUUCACCAUCGUCAUCAUCCAUGUUCAUCGAUACAACAUUAGAUUCAAGUAUCGAUAUAUCGUUAACUUCAAGUAUCGAUAUGUUGUCAUACAUAUCCUCUUCUAGUCCAGUGAAUAUAAUGGCAUCCUCAAACAAUCCAACUCAGACAAUGUCUUCAUCGGACAAUCCUUUUGUAUCAAGCACACCUAACAUGCUAUCCUCGAGUGAUAUUGUUACAUUAACAAGUACAAGUGUAAACAAUACGAAUCAAAAUAAUCAAAAUAGUUCAAGUCAAACUACUGCAGGUUCUCAACCUGAGAUGUCGAUAACACAGACAACAGACGUUGUCGAAACAAAUAGCCCGAUGAUAUCUACAGGACUUAAUUCAAUGACAAACAUGUAUUCAUCACCAUCAUCUAUGGAAUCGUCCACAAUAAUCGAUAUAGUAUCGUCAGUAUCAGAUUACCUCAAAUCCUCCAAAAGUGAAGGAACAUCUUCUAUAUCAAAAACAGAAAAUCCUUCUUUGACAACAGUUGGCAAUGGAAUGACAUCAAUACCCAUUAUAGAUGCUUCAUCGUCAGUAUCAAUUAAUUCAUUGAAAUCAGAAAUGGAAAGCAGUUCGGUAACAAUAGUAUCAGUUAUUCAAAGUGCUACCCAUAGCAACAUAGUUUCAAUACCUUCCCUAGAUAUCAUACCAUCGUCAACAAUUACUCAAACCACCAGUAGUUCUAAUAUUCUAGUAUCGAGUUCAGUUUUACCGACGACUUCAACGACGACAACAACAACAACUACGACAUCCACAAAUGCACCUCCAUCAACAACGUUAGCAGACGACAUUCAGUCAUCAAUUGAUGGAAAUAGUUUAUUUGAAGUUAGCACAGAGUUGGAUAUCGUAUGUGACAACAUAAAGAGCGACGAGGAUCUAAGGAAAUUUAUAGAAGAUGAGGUACUGCAAAACGUGGAUGCAGUUAGAAAAGUUGUUGUUGUUGAGAAUGGGUGUAAAAACAAAACGAGGAGAAAACGUGCAGCAAGUCACCUAUCAGAUGUUAAAAUUUCUGUCGAUGCCAAUACGGCAGCAAUAAAUUCAUCUUUAAUCGUAAAUCAGAUUAUAGAGGCCUUUGAAAACAAUACCGCAUCUAAUUUAACUAACGCCAAAGAUUUUAAAGUUUCAGCUCUUAGUGCGUUUAGCAAUCCAUGCAACGCUGGUGUUUGUGAUAAAUUUUAUGGAUACCUGUGUACUAAUACAAGUCCAACAGAGGCCACGUGCACAAGUAGAUGUAAAGAUGUAACUUGUUCUAACCAUGGAACUUGCAGCACAAUAGUAACAGAUAAUAACAUGUUUGGACAUCAUUGUUCGUGUGCAAGCGAAGAAUAUUAUAAAUAUGAAGGAGACAACUGUGAAGUCCGAAGAAUGAAAUGGGAAUUAGCUGUUGCCAUAGCAGCCGGAUCAGGGGGAGCAGUUAUUUUAAUCUUAAUUUUUGUUCUGAUAAUUUGCUGUUGCUGUAAAAAUAAAGGAGACAAAUAUGGAUAUGAUAGAAGACACAGUUAUGAACCAAUGUCAGAUGUUAUGGGAAGACCUGGACCUCCUUAUUAUAGAAAUGACUCUAAAAAUCAACAACCUGUAAGUGGUUUUACAAAUUUAGGUUAUGAUGAUGAUAAGUAUAGUGACUAUAGUGAUCCAAGUCAAACCAGACCCCCAAACGGACAAUCCUGGAAUCCUGAGGAUAGCAAAGACACAUAUGCAAAAAUAACUGAACAAUUAGAUCAAGAAAAGCGUUUUGAGAUUAGAAGACCUCAAGUAUCUGGUAGUAUACGACAGAACAGCGCGGAGUCAUAUCCGACAGGACGGGCAACUACAGGAUUUUAGAAUAAUACCGCUGCCAUGAUAUGGAAAGGACGUUAUCCUAAAGUUAUAGUAUUGGUUAUAAGAUGCGUUAAAAAUAUUUGGUCUUCCAUCAUACCGACAAUACUUUAUAGUCUCCUAUAGAUUAACGUGUUCAUUAUAUUCAAAAUGCAAAAACGAGAAAAACGUUUGUUAUAUCCCUGAAUGAUCUGACUUUAUGCUUUAUUUGUCCAUAUAUGUUGUCAAACUUUUCGUUAUCUGUUUAUUUUUUUUUGUCUACAUUUGAUAUCGUCCGUUAUGUAUAUAUAGAUUCUACCACUGCAUCGAGUGUGAUACGAUAUUUAUCCUCUCGAGACAGUUAAUUUUCAAAUUUAAAACGCGAGGCUCGCCGAGCGUUUUAAAUAUUUAAAAUUUAACUGUCGAGAGUGGAUAAAUAUCGUAUUACACGAGAUUUGGUGGUGGAAUCUGUUUCUCUAAUGAUUUUCAAACAAUAUGCAGGCAAAUUUACUCCUUCUUUUCGAAUGAUCUGCAAAAAGAUGUGUUCUUUCUAUGUGACGUCAUCAGGCAUGGUCGCCUUUUUUCAUGCCGUCACAAUAGGAAAUUCAGAGAAAAGCAAGAAAAUUCGACGUCAUAAUCGUAUUUUAACCAAUGAAGAACUGAGAUCAAACGAACCACACGUUGAUUAAAUUUUUUUUAUACAAUGGGUGCAGAAAGGGAUAAAUUGACGAAGAAUUAGAGAAAUAUACAUAUAUAUAUAUAUACAUCCUUGUAUAUGUGUCUACUAGCAUUUAGCAGAUAAAAUGGUUAUUUAGAAACAAACCCUUUUAAAGGCAAACUAUACAUAAUUGGGCGAUAUUUCGGAUAUUGAUGAUAUUUUGUAUGGAUUUAGAACUAGUUCAACCUCAUUUGUAUAUCAAAAAAAUAUAUAUAAAACAAGAUAACUUCCAGAUAUACGUUCAAUUAAACAUUCAAAAGUAGCUAUAGAAAUGUAUAAUAAAAACAAUAAAAUUGAUUGUGAUUGACGUUGAAGGCGUCGAAUCAAUGACAUGUAUCUGAAAACAUAUCACUAGUCAAAGAUAAUUUAAAAGAAAGGUUAUGAAAAAACUCUAGACACAAUCGUGAUUCCUCAAUGUAGUCAACAUUUCAGUCUAUCAGGAAAGGUCUAAGCUGAGUCAAUAUUUGCCAUUUAAUUUUAACCCAGGGCAGCUGAGGGUACAUUCAUAUAUAAUAUAAUAUAUAUCGGCUACAACUAAAUUCAUUCAUAAAUAUCACUCAUUAACCUUUCUAUCAUUUAUCAGUUUUGAUUUUUGAUUACAUACUGUAUUAUAUUGUGUUUUGCUUUGUAUAUUGUUUUAUUAAUUUUUCAAACAAAGACCAUUUAGUCAUGUUCCCGCAAAUGUAAUUGUUAUUUGAUUUUCAUAUACGGAUGGACUCUGAAUACUUCUUCAUAUUGUUAGACGUAAACUAUAUUGUAUUACAUAUCAUGAGCACAUAUCGUACUUUUAAUAAAGUAAUACAUUCCUUGGUCACUGUAACCCUGGUAUUUAUGAUGAGUUUAUUUUUUUUGUCAUAAGUUUUCCAUUGUCGUAUACCCUCGUAAAGAAAUUUGUCUCUUAUUUUAUUGUCUGCUAAAAUCAAUUUUUGUAGAAUGUGUCAUAGUGAAGAAGAAAUGGACACUGACUAUUAAAUUUAUAUACAAUUUUUUUUUUAAAUAUUGUAACUUAACUUUUUUCUAGUAGUUGGGACCGUGGUCCGUGAUCUCUUUACACUAUUUUUCAGGUAUAUAGUAGAAAAAAUAAUUUAUUAAUGUCCUAAUAAUUUUAAAGGGAUACUUCUAGUAAAUGGAUUGCACAUUUGAAUUCUUGUAUAUAUUGUAGUCUCUUUUCCUAAGCAAUCCCUAACGAUUUAAAAAUCUAAUUAAAACAAUUCCAAACACCGAUUUUUAAUUUAUUAAUUUUUUUAAUUUUUUUUUACAGCAAACCUGUUUAACCCAUACACUAAGUAUAAGUUGUCAUCAAAAACAUCCAAGCACGUCUCAAUUGUCUCACAAAUUCUUCAUCUACUUAUCCCAAAAGCUAAACUGAACAUAUACUGAAUUGUAUAUAUACAUUCAUGGCUUUCAAAUGCUUGGGUUUUAAUGAGAGUAAAAGAUAAGCGAAGGAUACCAAAAGGACAUUCAAAUUCAUAAGUCGAAAAUAAACUGACAACGCUAUGGCUAAAAAAGAAAAAAGACAAACAGACAAAUAAUAGUACACAAAACAACAAAGAAAACCAAAGACUGAGCAACACGAACCCCACCAAAAACUGGGGGUGAUCUCAGUUAAAUCAAGAAAAGUGCUUUAGAUGCAUGACAUUUUAAAGUAUUAUUUUCAUUUAAUCCUUAUUACAUGAUUUAUCCAAUGUACCAUCUUAAGUGGUUUAAACUGCACACAUAACAAUGUGAGUAUGUUAUAAGUAGUACUUUUUCUCGCUCAAUAUCUGUAAAGGACGGUAACUAGCCCAGUAGUCAACAUUUUUGUGUUGACAUGCACUAUCAUUGACAUGUUCAUUUUCUAUAAAUUAACUGUUUAUAAAAUGGCGAUAUAUUCGAAAUAUUAAGGUUUUUCAACCCAAAGCAUAGAUAGACUUAACUGAUUUUUUUCGAAAUUUUCGGAUAUUAACGCUUUUCAACUUUGUAUAGAGUUGGCUUGCAAACCAUUUUAAUUCGAGCGCCACUGAUGAUAUUUUUGUAAACGAAACGUGCCUCCGUCUUAGCAAACUGUAAACCUGGUAUCUUUGAUGACCUUUAUAUGAAUAUUUGUUUAGAAACCUGUAGCAUUGUAAUAAGUAAAUUAAUUAUGCAACUUUUAUAUUCUCAUGGGCAUCACAUUCAUUUUAUAUACAUGUCUUUACGAAUACAUAUGAUUUGAUUUAAAAAAAUGCCGAUGUAAAUUAAGACAUUUUGAUAUUACUUAUAUCACGGAAUUGUUUGCUCAUGAACAUCUAUACGCAUUAACUUUCCUUUUUCUAUAGAUUUAUAUUUAUAUAUGUAUCAUUCACAGAUGUAAGUUGAAUCUAAUUUAUAUACAUGUACUUAAUAUAUACCAAUUACGUCAGUGUACAUUUAUAUAUAUAUAAUGUAUACUGAAGAAAUGCUAGUUUACCAAAGUCAUGUGUAAGAAAAGUUGUUCAUUUGUUGUUUAUUUAUCUGAAGCUUUGAUUUAUAUUUUAAAUACAAAAAUCUAUCUGAAAUGGGAAAAUCAAGAACAUUUACUGAUCAAUAAAUUAUGUUUCAUAUAGAAA